AUGACGGAGGAUAAUAUCCCUAGGGUUUCAUCUUCGGAAUCUGCGGAUUCUUCUACAACGAAGCAGAGAAAAAAGAGGAAGUGGGAUCAGCCUGCGGAGUCAGUCGUAUCUGGAAUUCUCCCUUUGUUAAAGAUGGGAUCUCUUCCUGGAACUUCAUUGCCUGGUAUAGCUACAAUGUCUGGGGUUGUUUUCUCAAAUCCUCAUACUGGCGCUGCCCCUACCCUUUCGCCGGCUGUACCAUCUCUGUUGCAACAACCCGUGGUUGCCAUUUCCCAAAAGUUAAAUCCAAUCCAGGAUGAAGUGAUAGCACGGGAAAUUGUCAUUAAUGAUGCUGAUUCUAAUGUGCGCUAUAAGCUCACAAAGCGGCACACUCAGGAAGAGAUUCAGAAGGUUACUGGUGCCGUAGUGAUUACAAGGGGAAAGUACAAGCCCCCGAACACACCCCUUGAUGGUGAAAAACCACUGUAUCUCCACAUUUCUGCUGGGGCUCAUUUGGAAACCAUGGCUGAAAGGAUUAAAGCAGUUGAUCGUGCAGCUGCAAUGGUGGAAGAAAUGCUUAGACAUGCAUCUUUGGUCUCUGAUGUGAACGUCAAUCGCAGCCUAAAUGCCUGUGUAUACUUGGGCUUUGAGGCGGAUCCAUCAUUGAAUAUUGCUGCUAGAAUUCGUGGUCCAAAUGACCAGUAUGUAAAUCACAUUAUGAAUGAAACAGGAGCAACAGUCAUACUAAGAGGACAUGGUUCAGGAAGUUUUGAUAGUGCACCAGCAAGUGAAAGCCAACAACCUCUGCAUUUAUUUUUGUCCAGUAAUAAUUUGCAAAGUCUUGAACGUGCAAAGCUUUUGGCUGAGAAUCUUUUGGAUACAAUCAGUGCAGAGUUUUCAGUAACAAGGUUUUCCUCAUCUAAAGUUUAUGGUGCUGUUCCUCCGCCACCACAGUUACUUGCUGAAAUCCAGAGCUCCAUGGAUCAGACGAAUGCAAAUGUUCAACAACCCUCCCCUUUGACUGCUUCAGCUUUGGGUGGCAAUGCAGUUCCAUUGGUGACAGUUCCUGCUGCCUCUGUUAUUGCUUCAAAAGGGCAAGUUGGACAUCUGGGUUCAAAUUCUGGGACAGGCCUUCCUCCAGCCAACUUAGGUUCCUAUUCCCACUGUACAUUGUCGCAAGGAACAAGUUAUAAUGGUUACGGUGGUAUAUAUCCCAAUGCAACACCUUUGCAGCAAGUUGCUUUAGCCCUUAGACAUUCAACUUCGCCUAUUACCACUUCAGUGACCCCCAUUGUUACAAAUGCAAGUACUGCAUUAUAUGCUAGUGCAAGCUCCUCAGUGGAGAAGGAAAAGCGUCCUUCGCAGAAGAGGAAGUUUCAGGAAUCUCCUGUAUUAGUUAAAGGGCUUGCAAAUCCGAAUCAGAGUUUAUUGCAGGUAUCUGAACCUGCAAAACCAUGUGAACUAACCUCAGAUGCAGGUGGAAAAGAUGAUAAACGUUUAAAAACAAUGUCGAAUGGGGUGCUUCUAAAUUCACCUAAAGUGAUGCCGCCACCUCCACCAAAAUUUACCGCAUCAUCAUCUGGAGUUCAUAGUAGUUCAGAAAAUGGAUUGCUUCCAAACCCACAAAAAGCGAUGCCGCCACCUCCACCAAAAUUCAUGGAGUCAUCAACCGGGAUAAAUGGUGGUUCAUCAACAAAUGGAUUUAUUCCAAACCCACCAAAGGUGAUGCUACCACCUCCACCUAAAUUUACUGAGUCAUCAUCUGGAGUCCGGAGCAGUGCAAAAAAUGUGAACAAUGAGUUGAAGCCGGAGAGUGUCCCUGAUACAUUAAUAAAGUUGAUGGAAUACGGGGAUGAAGAUGAGGAUGAUGAUGAGCCUAACCCGCCAAGUCAAGAAAACCUCAAAAGAAGCUCGAGUUCGUCCACAGGUACAAAACCUUUCUGGGCUGUCUGA